AUGUUGUCAGAUAAAGAGUUAUUCGACCUGAACAAAAAAGCCGUCACGGAGGGCUUCAAGAUACAUCCACGUUUGGAAUAUAAUACCGUUGGAGGUGUUAAUGGACCGUUGGUUAUCUUACAAAAUGUCAAAUUCCCAAAGUACAACGAAAUUGUUAACUUAACUCUUUCAGACGGAACUUCGAGGCAGGGUCAGGUUUUGGAAGUGAAAGGUGAUAAAGCAGUUGUCCAAGUCUUUGAGGGAACAUCAGGUAUUGAUGUUAAGAAGACCAAGGUUGAAUUUACAGGUGAGAGUUUGAAAAUUCCCGUUUCGGAGGACAUGUUGGGAAGAGUUUUCAACGGUUCUGGUAAGCCUAUUGAUAACGGUCCAAGGGUGUUUGCCGAGGAUUAUUUAGAUAUUAACGGAUCGCCUAUCAAUCCAUAUGCUCGUAUAUAUCCCGAGGAGAUGAUCUCUACGGGUAUUUCGGCAAUCGACACGAUGAACUCUAUUGCUAGAGGUCAGAAGAUUCCUAUUUUCUCGGCUUCUGGUUUGCCUCAUAAUGAGAUUGCCGCACAGAUUUGCCGACAGGCAAGUUUGGUUAGACCAACAAAGGAUGUUCACGAUGGACAUGCGGACAACUUCUCCAUUGUGUUCGCAGCUAUGGGUGUGAACUUAGAAACAUCCAGAUUCUUCAAGCAGGACUUUGAGGAGAAUGGUUCUUUGGAGAGAACUGUUUUGUUCUUGAACUUGGCAAAUGAUCCAACCAUUGAGAGAAUCAUUACACCACGUUUGGCCUUGACAACUGCAGAGUACCUUGCAUAUCAAACAGAAAAGCACGUUUUGACCAUUCUUACUGAUAUGUCGUCUUAUGCCGAUGCUUUGAGAGAAGUUUCCGCUGCCAGAGAAGAGGUUCCAGGUAGAAGAGGUUACCCUGGUUACAUGUAUACUGAUUUGGCCACUAUUUACGAAAGAGCAGGUAGAGUUGAAGGAAGAAAUGGUUCGAUUACCCAGAUUCCUAUUUUGACCAUGCCUAACGAUGAUAUUACACAUCCAAUUCCGGAUUUGACCGGUUACAUUACCGAGGGACAGAUCUUCAUUGACAGACAGCUUUACAACAAGGGUGUCUAUCCACCUAUCAACGUCUUGCCAUCACUUUCUAGAUUAAUGAAGUCCGCCAUUGGUGAGGGUAUGACCAGAAAGGAUCACGGUGAUGUUUCCAACCAGCUUUAUGCCAAGUACGCUAUCGGCAAGGAUGCCGCAGCUAUGAAGGCCGUUGUUGGUGAGGAUGCUUUGUCGACAGAGGAUAAGCUUUCUUUGGAGUUCUUGGAGAAGUUUGAAAAAACUUUCAUUUCUCAAGGUGCCUAUGAAGACAGAACUGUGUUUGAGUCUUUGGACAAGGCCUGGUCUCUUUUAAGAAUUUAUCCUAAGGAGAUGCUUAACAGGAUAUCGCCAAAGAUUUUGAACGAAUUCUACGAUAGAGAGAGAACUGCUGCUGCUGCAAAUACACAGAAGGUUGAAGCUUAA